AUGAACGGCCAAACGAAGGCGAAUUCGCCGCUGAACAAGUUGGGCGCACCAAAAAAGACGGUUAAUGGAUCGAUUGAGGUACUUGCCGAGUCGGAACCACUUGUCAGUCAAAGUUCGGAGAAGAUCGAACGUCCGAGCACUGUACGGCAGCUUCUCACGGUCACCGUCUUCUUGCUAUGCGUCACACAGGUAAAUCCUUGCUUUUCAAAGCGUACGAUGGACGAAUCAAUAAUUCAGUACGUCUACGGCAUCACCGACCACUCCUCGCUGAUGAAAAUACAGUUUGCCGCUUCAGCUCUCGCUUUUAUCAGCUCCAUAGAGCAUAUUGUGCGGAGUGCGAACAGUGGAGACAGGCAAAGUGUCUAUCUGCUCUACCGGUAAGCAAUACUUACGGAAACGGAAGAAAUACGGACUUUUCAGCACCGCCGCCACCGUCUUUUACAUCGCGUGCCUCUUCAUCAACUUGACGCAUUGUAUGGAAGAGAUCAGCGACAUCAACACGGGCCCGCAGGAAAUUGAGCAUGCUCAUAACGAGUCGAUUGCUUCUUCUGGAGCUGAGGACGUCCCGACUACAAAGGAGAAUCACGGAGAACAUGGACAUCCGAUGACCGGUACGAGAAGUUGCAGUAUUUUGGAAAUUAUGAAAGAAAGGGCGGCGAGACCAUGAAAAAAACUGAUUGACGCAUUAGUUCCUGCAAAUGUUUGCUGCCGGCGCAAAUAUGUCGGAAUUGUGAUGCUCUACAGUGACUUGCAAGACGUUGGGCCGAGCCGGAUCAAAACGUGAAAUACAGCCAUUGAGUAUGUCAUGCUCUCUUGUUUGUUCGGAAAACCUCGACCAACAAUAACUUUUUUGACCGAAAUUUUUCCGGACAGUACAAAUUUUUUGGGAGUGUUUGAAAAAUAUCGACUAUGAAAACUCAGCGAUAACAAUCCAAAAUCAUUUCAGACUACACCCUGUACCUCUCUGGCACGGAUUUGGUGAUCAAGACGGUGUUCAGUCUGGUGUGCAACUCCCUCUCCAUCUCCUACUUUGGAUCCUUCAUCGCCAUCGUCUCCCCGUCCGUGUUCACACUUGCCGUCUACUUCUACACGUUCACCGAGAGACACUACUUUGGCGAAUGGCUCGAUCAUCAUCUGGAGCCCGUCGUCGCCAUACUCCUGACCAGUGCUUGCAUUGGCAUUGCCAUGUACUCGAGUGAGAAUUCACAAGACGUCAUUAUCAAAGUCUAUAUUCAAUCAUUUCAGUUUUCCGCAAGAAGCAGUACCUGUUGGCCGAAGGACCGAACGACUUUAGCAUUGACAAAAUCAGUGAUUCGGUGAAGGCCAAGAAUAAGAAUCUGGAGAAGAUAGAUCACGUACACGCGAGCUGUGCCUGGCCUGAGGGUUUCACAGUGUCCCUAAAGGCUUAUAUCGAGGUAUACGCUCGCUCCACUUGCAUGUGUUUUAUAUAUAAGAAGAUUUACCGUAUUCUCCGCAAAUUUAAAGACAUAGAACGCAAAUACGUCGUCGAGAAAGGCGUCAAUUUGAAAACUCGAGCAAAUUUAUAAUAAAACAUCGUCUGCGCUCGAUUCGCACUUGUUUCGUAGCAUUUUGUGAAAAUGCCCUGAUACCGCCAGGAUUGCAGAAUUUUGGUCCUCUCCUUUUUCCUUUCCCCCCGAGGUUUCUAUUCAAUUUUUCUGUUCCAGGUCGAGAAGCACAACAAGGACUGGGUGUCGCAAGCGGCCAACGACUUUGCCGAGAUCAAAACGCUGUUGCACGCGGAAAUCAAAGCUGAAGGCGCCACAGAGGUGAGUUCGAAACAUGUGGUCCCAUCGCGGAGGCAAACGGAUGAGCAGGGUCAUUGUAGAUCAAUCAAUGCAGUGAAGUGAAGUUGGCAGCCGAGAAGAGUGGGAGAGGGAGUAGUAAAGAGAAGCUCAGUGGGGUGAUAGAUGAGCAGGCGGACCCGAUUGAAGGGCACCCGAGUGUAAAGAUAUUUGUGAUGAAUCGAAAUUUUUGAGAAUCGGAUAGAAGAAGAUUGGCGAGUGGCGAGAAAUGAAUUGAGACAUGUCAAUUUUCAGGUGAUUGUGGAGCCCGUCUUCGUCGACAGAAACGAAAAUUCCAAUUUCACGGACCCGAUCUGCAUUUCCAGAAGCUGCCACACGGAAAACGUUGGAUGCUGCACGAAUCCGAAAUCCGUGGAGACCUCGGCAUAA